CUCUUCAAACAAACCCCAAAUCACUCGUCUCUUCAUCUCUCUCGCUUCUCUCAUUCGAUCGCCGCCAUGUUCCGCCACGCAUCUCGCUUGCUGAUCCGAGCCGCUGCCGGAGAAGGUGGCGCCCAUGGCCGGACGGCUGCCGUGGCAUCCUCCAGGGCCUUCUCGAGUGAGGUCCCGGCAGCGCCGGUGCAGGACCCGGCGUUUAUUGAGGCUUGGAAGAAGGUGGCUCCCAACAUUGAACCUCCUAAGACUCCGCUCGAAUUCUUGAAGCCUCGUCCUCCGACGCCUUCAACGAUCCCCUCUAAGCUCACCGUCAACUUCGUUCUUCCCUACCAGUCCGAGAUCUCCAGCAAGGAGGUUGAUAUGGUCAUCAUACCAGCUACAACUGGGCAAAUGGGUGUUCUUCCAGGACAUGUUGCCACAAUAGCAGAGCUCAAGCCCGGGCUUCUCUCCGUCCACGAGGGGACUGAAGUGACCAAGUACUUUGUGAGCAGUGGCUUUGCUUUCAUCCAUGCAAACUCUUUUACAGAUAUUGUGGCCAUUGAGGCCGUCCCCAUUGACCGCAUUGAUCCCGACCUGGUCCAGAAGGGGCUCACAGAGUUCACCCAGAAGCUCAGCUCAGCCACAACCGAUUUGGAGAAAGCCGAGGCUCAGAUCGGUGUUGAUGUUCACAGUGCAAUGAAUGCCGCCUUGUCUGGAUGAUUUUGUUCGAGUAACUUCUCACAUUAAACCAUGCGAGCUCAUGGAUUUGAGGUGAAAUAAAUUUGUGUAUUGCACUUCAUAGAUUAUGUGACUUUGAUGCUCUCUUAUUUUGUUGGUGAAUCAAUGGAACUUUCUUGUGUUGGUUGGCCAAAGGUGGACUUAUUCUGCAUUUUGUAGCUGAUGCAGUGCCCAUGAAAACUUUAUUCUUGUUUUUUUAGUUUUUCAUUUCCAAUAUGAUGGGAAUGGAUUUGUGAACAUUGCAUUUGUGCAUCCCUUAAUAAUGGAAAAACAAUUUCAGUUUAUUCA